AAAUGGGUAGAUUACAAAUUAAGGUGGGACCCAGAAGAGUACGGGGGCGUGGAGCAACUCUACGUUCCAUCCGAACACAUUUGGCUUCCAGAUAUCGUUCUUUUCAACAACGCUGAUGGAAAUUACGAAGUUACGCUUAUGACUAAAGCUGUUUUAUCAUACACAGGGGAAGUGGUGUGGAAACCACCCUCUAUUUAUAAAUCAUCGUGCGAAAUCAAUGUGCAAUAUUUUCCUUUUGACGAACAGAGCUGUUUGAUGAAGUUUGGAUCCUGGACCUAUAACGGAUAUCAGGUUGACCUCAAGCAUAUGGAUCAAGUGCCAGGAUCAAAUAUAGUAAAAGUGGGAAUAGACUUAUCCGAAUUUUAUCUUUCCGUAGAAUGGGAUUUAUUGGCCGUUCCAGCAACGAGAAAUGAGGAAUAUUAUCCUUGCUGUUCGGAACCAUAUUCAGAUAUUACAUUCAAAAUAACAAUGAGAAGGAAAACCCUGUUUUAUACGGUGAAUUUAAUCAUUCCAUGCGUUGGGAUAACAUUCCUAACGGUGUUAGUAUUUUACCUACCGUCGGACUCUGGAGAGAAGGUGACGCUUUGCGUUUCAAUUUUGAUAUCGCUUACCGUAUUUUUUCUUCUGCUCGCCGAAAUUAUACCUCCGACGUCUUUGGCAGUGCCGCUUCUUGGCAAAUACCUGCUUUAUACCAUGAUUAUCGUGACAUCUUCUAUAUGGGUGACGGUCUGCGUGCUAAAUGUUCAUUUUAGGUCACCAUCAACUCAUAAAAUGUCGCCAUGGGUACGAAAACUCUUUCUACAGUUUAUGCCACGUUUAUUAAUUAUGCGAAGAACCACAUACGUCUUACCAGAAUACAACGAUAACGUACCACCAAGGGGCUUUAGUGCGACCGAUAUGGAUAUACAAUUAAAUAUGGGCGAACCUUUUACUACGGAUUUUAAAAUAAGUACGAGUGAUCCAAGUUUUUUACUCCCAGACCACGAUGAUGGGAAAAUGAAGGCUCAUUCGUCAAUGACUGAUACAUCGAACGGUACGCCCAAAACCUUAUCAGCAGGUGUACUUUCAGCUUUACAGGGAGUUCGAUUUAUUGCUCAACAUAUCCGAGAUGCCGAUAAAGACAAUGAGGUCGUCGAGGAUUGGAAAUUCGUGUCAAUGGUGCUGGAUAGGUUUUUCUUAUGGUUGUACACUCUUGCUUGUAUUGGCGGUACAGCAGGAAUUAUAAUGCAGGCUCCCUCACUGUAUGAUACUCGCACACCUGUUGAUCAAGAACUAAGCGAAAUUACUAUGGAUAAAAUCUUCCAGAAAUUACCACCCUCACAUGUUCCUAUGGUUUAAUUUAGUUACAAACCUUUUAUAUAAUUCGACUACAUAGGUACACUGUUGAUUUGUUGUUAAUGCUGUUGUAACACAUUUGGUUGAACUAUUAAAUAACUGUUAAACCAGA